AUGAAGAUAAUUACAUAUUUUUGCAUUUGGGCAGUAUCAUGGGCCAUUCCAGUUCCACAAAGCAAACCACUGGAGAGACAUGUAGAAAAAUCCGUGAAUUUGCAUCUCCUGGCAAGAUCAAAUGUGUCAGUACAGGAUGAGUUAAAUGCCAGUGGCACCAUCAAAGAAAGUGGUGUCCCCGUGCAUGAAGGUGAUAGAGGAAGGCAAGAGAAUACCCAAGAUGGUCACAAGGGAGAAGGGAAUGGCUCUGAGUGGGCAGAAUUAGGAGUGAAGAGUUUUUCUACAUAUUCCACAUUAGCAAACGAAGAGGUGAAUAUUGAGGGCUGGAAUGAGGACACAGGAAAAGCAGAAACAUAUGGUCAUGACGGAAUACACGGGAAAGAAGAAAAAACCACAGCAAAUGGCAUCCAGGGACAAGUAAGCAUCAUUGACAAUGCCGGAGCCACAGACAGAAGCAACACUAAUGGAAAUACUGAUAAGAAUACCCAAAGUGGGGAUGUUGGUGAUGCAGGUCGCAAUGAGGAUGCUGCUGUUGUCCAAGAAGAUGGACUUCAAGUAGCUGGAAGCAAUAACAGUACAGACAAUGAAGAUGAAAUAAUUCAGAAUUCUUGUAGAAAUGAGGGUAAUACAAGUGAAACAAUACCUCAGAUCAACAGCCAGAGAAAUGGGACUAAGGAGGCUGAGGUAACACCAGGCAGUGGAGAAGAUGCUGGCCUGGAUAAUUCCAAUGGGAGUCCUAGUGGGAAUGGAGCAGAUGAGGAUGAAGACGAGGGUUCUGGUGAUGAUGAAGAUGAAGAAGCAGGGAAUGGAAAAGACAGUAGUGAUAACAGCAAGGGACAGGAGGGCCAGGAUCACGGGAAAGAAGAUGAUCAUGAUAGUAGCAUAGGUCAAAAUUCAGAUAGUAAAGAAUAUUAUGACCCUGAAGGCAAAGAAGAUCCCCAUAAUGACGCUGAUGGAGACAACACCUCCAAGAGUGAGGAGAAUUCUGCUGGUAUUCCAGAAGACAAUGGCAGCCAAAGAACAGAGGACAUCCAGAAGCUCAACCACAGAGAAAGCAAAGGUGUAGAAGACGGAAUCACCAAAGAAUCAGAGCCACAUGCUGUUGGGAAGAGCCAAGAUAAGGGAAUAGAAAUCAAGGGUCCCAGCAGUGGCAACAGAAAUAUUACCAAAGAAGUUGGGAAAGUCAACGAAGAUAAAGAGGAUAAAGGACAACAUGGAAUGAUCUUGGGCAAAGGAAAUGUCAAGACACAAGGAGAGGUUGUCAACAUAGAAGGACCUGGCCAAAAAUCAGAACCAGGAAAUAAAGUUGGACACAGCAAUGCAGGUAGUGACAGCAAUAGUGAUGGAUAUGACAGUUAUGAUUUUGAUGAUAAGUCCAUGCAAGGAGAUGAUCCCAAUAGCAGUGACGAAUCUAAUGGCAAUGAUGAUGCUAAUUCAGAAAGUGAUAAUGACAGCAGUAGCCGGGGAGAUGCUUCUUCUAACUCUGAUGAAUCAAAAGAUAAUGGCAACGGCAGUGACUCAAAAGGAGCAGAAGAUGAUGGCAGUGAUAGCACGUCAGACACUAAUAAUAGUGACAGUAAUGGCAAUGGUAACAAUGGGAAUGACGACAAUGACAAAUCAGACAAUGGCAAAGGUAAAUCAGAUAGCAGUGACAGUGAUAGUAGUGACAGCAGUGACAGUGAUAGUGACAGCAGUGACAGUGACAGUAGUGAUAGCAAUAGCAGUGAUAGUAGUGACAGCAGUGACAGUGACAGCAGUGAUAGCAACAGUAGCAGUGACAGUAGUGAUAGCAGUAACAGUGACAGCAGUGAUAGCAGUGACAGUGAUAGUAGUGACAGCAGUGACAGUGACAGCAGUGAUAGCAGCAAUAGCAGUGAUAGUAGUGACAGCAGUGACAGUGACAGCAGUGAUAGCAACAGUAGCAGUGAUAGUAGUGACAGCAGUGACAGUGACAGCAGUGAUAGCAACAGUAGCAGUGAUAGUAGUGAUAGCAGUGACAGUGACAGCAGUGAUAGCAACAGUAGCAGUGAUAGUAGUGAUAGCAGUGACAGUGACAGCAGUGAUAGCAACAGUAGCAGUGAUAGUAGUGAUAGCAGUGACAGUGACAGCAGUGAUAGCAGUGACAGUGAUAGUAGUGAUAGCAGCAAUAGCAGUGACAGUAGUGACAGCAGUGAUAGCAGCGACAGUAGUGAUAGUAGUGACAGCAGUGAUAGCAGCGACAGUAGUGAUAGUAGUGACAGCAGUGACAGUGACAGUAGUGAUAAUAGUGACAACACUGACAGCAAGUCAGACAGCAGCAAAUCAGAUAGCGACAGCAGUGAUAGUGACAGCAAGUCAGACAGCAGCAAAUCAGAUAGCGACAGCAGUGAUAGUGACAGUAAGUCAGACAGCAGUGACAGCAACAGCAGUGACAGUAGUGACAGUGAUAGCAGCGACAGCAGCAAUAGCAGUAAAAGCAGUGAUAGUAGUGACAGCAGUGAUAGCAGUGACAGCAGCAGUAGCAGUGACAGCAGCAACAGCAGUGAUAGUAGUGACAGUAGUGACAGCAGCAAUAGUGACAGCAGCAAUAGUAGUGAAAGCAGUGAUAGUGACAGCAGUGAUAGUAGCGACAGCAGCAACAGCAGUGACAGCAGUGAUAGCAAUGACAGCAGCGAUAGUAGUGACAGCAGCAAUAGCAGUGACAGCAGUAAUAGUAGUGACAGCAGCGAUAGCAGUGACAGCAGUGAUAGUGACAGCAGUGAUAGUAGUGACAGCAGUGACAGCAGCAACAGCAGCAAUAGCAGUGACAGCAGCAAUAGUAGUGACAGCAGUGACAGCAGCAAUAGCAGUGACAGCAGCAACAGCAGCAAUAGCAGUGACAGCAGUGAUAGCAGUGACAGCAGUGAUAGCAGUGAUAGUGACAGCAGUGAUAGCAGUGACAGCAGCAAUAGCAGUGACAGCAGCAAUAGCAGUGACAGCAGCGACAGCAGUGAUAGCAGUGACAGCAGCGAUAGCAGUGACAGCAGUGACAGCAGCGAAAGCAGUGACAGCAGCGAUAGCAGUGACAGCAGCAACAGCAGUGACAGCAGUGAUAGCAGUAAUAGUGACAGCAGUGACAGCAGCGACAGCAGUGACAGCAGCGAAAGCAGUGACAGCAGUGACAGCAGCAAUAGCAGCGACAGCAGCGACAGCAGCGACAGCAGCGACAGCAGCAAUAGCAGCGACAGCAGUGACAGCAGCAAUAGCAGCGACAGCAGCGACAGCAGCGACAGCAGCAAUAGCAGCGACAGCAGUGACAGCAGCAAUAGCAGCGACAGCAGCGACAGCAGCGACAGCAGUGACAGCAGUGAUAGCGACAGCAGUGACAGCAGCGAUAGCAGCGACAGCAGUGACAGCAGCGAUAGCAGCGACAGCAGCGACAGCAGUGACAGCAGCGACAGCAGCGACAGCAGCAAUAGCAGUGACCGCAGCAACAGCAGCGACAGCAGUGAUAGCAGCGAUAGCACAUCUGACAGCAAUGAUGAGAGUGACAGCCAGAGCAAGUCUGGUAACAGUAACAACAAUGGAAGUGACAGUGACAGUGACAGUGAAGGCAGUGACAGUAACCACUCAACCAGUGAUGAUUAG